GCGCUCUCUGGUGUCUGUCGUUCCGAGUUUCUGUUACUCGCUAACGUCUCAGAGCGUCUGAGCUGAAGUGUCUCUGCAACUCUAGGGGUUUUCUCCUCUCCUAAUCGCUUCAAAUUUAAUUUCAUUAAACUAUAGAAAGACAGAGUAGUGAAAAUGAUUCUAGUUCGAUCCCUGCGCCCUGUCAUCCGUCCUGCGUUGCAGUAUUCUUCGUUUUCUUCGAUCGCAGCUGUUGAAGCAGAGAGAACAAUGCGGGAAGGACCGAGGAAUAACUGGAGCAGAGAAGAAAUCAAGUCGAUUUACGAUUCUCCAAUUCUGGAUCUUCUUUUUAAUGGCGCUCAAGUCCAUAGACAUGCCCACAACUUUAGGGAAGUGCAGCAGUGUACUCUUCUUUCUAUUAAAACAGGUGGAUGCAGCGAAGAUUGUUCGUACUGUCCUCAAUCCUCUCGGUAUGACACAGGAUUGAAAGGCCAAAAGCUGAUGAACAAAGAUGCUGUUAUGGAGGCAGCACAGAAGGCAAAAGAGGCUGGUAGUACUCGAUUCUGCAUGGGUGCUGCAUGGAGGGAUACCAUUGGCAGGAAGACCAAUUUCAACCAGAUCCUUGCAUAUGUAAAAGACAUAAGGGAGAUGGGCAUGGAAGUGUGCUGCACUUUGGGCAUGCUAGAGAAGCAGCAAGCCGUGGAACUCAAGAAGGCAGGGCUUACAGCUUACAACCAUAAUCUUGAUACCUCAAGAGAGUACUACCCUAACAUCAUAACUACAAGAUCUUAUGAUGAACGCCUGGAAACUCUUCAGCAUGUACGAGAAGCAGGGAUCAAUGUCUGUUCAGGAGGGAUAAUAGGACUUGGGGAAGCAGAGGACGACCGAGUUGGCCUGUUGCAUACAUUGGCAACACUUCCUACGCAUCCGGAGAGUGUGCCCAUCAAUGCCCUGGUUGCAGUCAAAGGAACCCCACUUCAAGACCAGAAGCCAGUUGAAAUAUGGGAGAUGAUUCGGAUGAUUGCCACUGCUCGUAUUGUUAUGCCAAAGGCAAUGGUAAGGCUAUCAGCUGGGCGGGUCCGGUUUUCCAUGCCUGAACAAGCACUGUGUUUCCUUGCUGGGGCUAAUUCUAUCUUUACCGGUGAGAAGCUGUUGACGACAGCCAACAACGAUUUUGAUGCUGAUCAAUUAAUGUUCAAGGUGCUUGGACUUAUUCCCAAAGCUCCAAGUUUUUCUGAUGAAGCUACUUCGGAAGUAGAGAGAUGUGAAGCAGCACUGACGAGUUCCGGCUAAGAUUAUUGAUUUAGAAGCACGGUAUCUUAAUAUGAUCAUUGCCCUGUAGUUGGUUUAUAUUGAAUUUAAAGGGUAGUUGUAUUGUAGUAAUCUUUCCCAAGUAUGCAUUACUUUUUGCAGCUAUGUAUCCUGGGCCUCCUGGCCACGCUGAUGAAAAUUUGGCUAGUGAUUGCCAAAUGCAUGAGCAGGACCCCAUUUUGGACCAAAAUGAGAAUAGUUAACCCAAGAAACUGUUCAAUACCAGGCCUAUCCAUCAAUCUAAUCGCUGUUUGUACAGUUUAAUGCUA